GCCGCGAAACUACGUACCGUUAGGUGACAUGUAGCAUCGUCUCGUGUUAUCAAUAUUGUUACCGGUAUAGCUGAUUGUUAUGGUUGGGCGGGAUAGGAUACGGUGACAACCCCUUGGGGGUUGUCAGAUUCACAACCACCUUUGUGGCCAUCAGAUACGUUCUCUCUCCUGUCUUUUUCUUCUUUUUUUAAAUUAAUGGUUAAGAUUAAACCAAGGGCAAAUUCGGAAUGGAAAACUUACCACAUGAGAUCCUUUCCAUUUUCCAUAUAAAUACUUUUUAUUACCAAAAAAAAAAAAAAAUACAGACCCUCCCCCAUUCUCCUGCGUCUCCCUCCUCUUCCCCUCUCACAUAUCUCUAACAAAAAAACCCUAGCCGUCAAGAGCUCCACCACCGUCGCCGCCUCUGCCUCCCCUGCCGCCGCGCCGCUGUCCUCCCCGCGCCGCUGUCCUCCCCUCCCUCUUCCUCUCCCGUGCCCACCGUUCACAGCCUGCUGUACCCGCCAUCAUGAUCGAGAUCUACGCCGCCGCCUGGCUCCGCGACGUCCAGAUCGGCUCCGUCCGCGUUCUCAUCAGCAACGUCCAUAUCGACGUCCAGAUCGUCUCUACACCAAGCUCUCUGCCUCCGGCGUCGGCUUCAACGACCUCCUCGACGCCAAGGCCACCGCCGGGGGUGCGAAGAAUCUCGAGGAGAAGACUGCCAAUGCUAGUGGUACCAAUUCCUAUUGGUACGAUACCACUACUCACUGGUACGUACCAGUGGCUCCCCUACCACUACUCACUGGUACCACUAUCAUCUGGUACCACUAUCAUCUAAUACCACUAUUAUCUGUUUUUUUGUGUUAUUCUCUACUGGUACCGCUACCAAUGCUAGUGGUAGCGCUACCAGUGCUAGUAGCGUUGUGUUAUUCUCUACUGGUAGCGUUGUACUGGUAGCGUACCACUAGUAUUGGUACAUUUUUUACUGGUACCGCUAGUACUAGUACAUUUUUUAACGUACUGGUAGCGUACCACUAGCACUGGUAUAUUAAUUACCAGUAGACUAAUAGAUUGGUACACUUUUUAACGCAUUGGUACAUUUUUUCAGGUUGCCGGAGGGAGUCUGCCGGAGAGAAUUCGCCGGAGAAAAAGUUUGUCAGUCGAUGCGGAGUGGCUGCUGGAGAAAGGAAGAGAGAGAGAGAUAGAUAGAGAUAUUAAUGUAUAAGAUUUAAAUUUCAGAAAAAAAAUUGUAUUUAAUAUGGGUAUUAAAUUCCCAAUAUAAUU